AUGGACUUUUCAUCUCGAGGAGGCAACAAGGGUGCCGGUGUCGCAGGGGCUUCCGAGAGUAAUGUCGAUCGACGCGACCGUCUCCGAAAACUUGCGCUCGAGACCAUCGAUCUAGCCAAAGAUCCUUACCUUCUCAAAAACCACCUCGGCGGUCUCGAAUGCAGGCUCUGCCUCACACUACACACCAAUGAAGGCAGCUAUCUGGCACACACACAAGGCAAGAAACACCAGACAAAUCUGGCGCGUAGAGCGGCGCGAGAGGCAAAGGAGAACGCCUACGACUCGAACAAGCUCAUCACCGCGUCUGCCGUCGAGACAGUGCCCAAGAAGCAGUUUGUCAAGAUCGGACGUCCAGGCUACAAGGUCAGCAAGGUACGCGAACCGCUGCUAGAAGGUGGAGAAGGUGGGAGACUAGGGCUGCUGUUUCAGAUCUCGCUACCAGAGAUUAAAGAGGGCGUAACGCCAAUGCAUCGUUUCAUGGGCUCGUUCGAGCAGAAAGUGGAAACGCCAGAUCGCAACUAUCAGUAUCUCGUCGUCGCAGCUGAGCCCUACGAGACUAUCGCUUUCAAGAUCCAGAGCAAGGAGAUCGAUCGAAGAGAUUCAGGUCUCGUUACCUCGUCCGCUCCAGGCUCGAGACCGAGACCGGAACCCUCCACUUGGAGCUACUUUGAUCCCGACGGCAAGACUUUCUCCAUCCAAGUCAUGUUCAAAUGA